ACUACUGAGUUUUCUUCUGCAUUAAUGGUUUGUCAUUGAAUGUUUGUUUAUUGAACUGAAUCUGAUUCUGCAUUAAUGGUUUGUCAUUGAACGCUUUGCUAUUGAACUGAAUUUGAUUUUGUAUUAACGAUUUAUCAUUGAACGUUUUGUCAUGUUAAACUAUUUAUCUGGCAUGCUUAAAAUUUUAUCCACGGGCUAUCCAUAUAUCUACUUACUGAAAUAUUUUAUCUCACCUAGUUUUCCUUGUCCACAAUUUCAAGAAGCGAAGUCAAGGACGGAGAAAAACGAGGGGAGUGACGAGUUAGAAGACUAGCCAUCUUGUAAAUUGAACAUGAAUUUUAGAUAUAAAUCAUGAUCUUGUAAGCUAGAGUGUAUUGGAGAUUUUAUGAUAUCAAAGCAAAUUUUAAAAUUUUAUCUUCAGAUUUUGUGGUCUUUAAUUGUAGUAUGAUAAGUUUCAAGCCUUGUGCAUUUGUGGGACCCUCUUACAAGUGUACGGCGUCUGCUACGUCCCCAGAUUUGGGUUCUAAGGCGUGACAGAAACUAUGUACAAAAGUUUUAAAAAAUAAUAAAAAGGGAAAAGAUAU